AGUUUUAUCAAAGUUGCUUAAUGAAUUCAGUAGGACGCUUUGUACUGACUUUAACCAUUCUUAGUCAGUCAACUAAUUCGCCCUCCAUUGAUAAGCUAAUAAGGUAAACCACAAGAAGCUCUAGAAUCUUUUUAGAAGAUCAGAGAACGUCCAGAACAGGACCAACGUACCAUUUCAUCACGUGCCCGUGGCAGACAUCCUGCAAUACAGCCAGCUAUGUCUCCUGUGUAUGUUGUUGGCAUGCUGGGUAUUUUGAUGAAGGUAGCCAUGCCUAUGUGUGCACCCACCGAGUACACUAUUUACAUCGAGAGACAGGAGUGCAAUUACUGUGUGGCUGUCAACACCACGAUCUGCAUGGGCUUCUGUUUCUCCAGGGACAGUAAUGUGAAGGAGUUGGUGGGUGCUCGUUUCCUGGUUCAAAGGGGCUGCACGUAUCAUGAAGUAGAGUACCGGAUGGCCAUCUUGCCCGGCUGCCCUUCACAUGCAGAUCCUCACUUCAUCUAUCCGGUGGCACUUAGCUGUCACUGCAGCACAUGUAAUACCAACAGUGAUGAAUGUGCCCACAAAACCAACAACGCUGGCAUGAAGUGCUCCAAACCUGUCCGUCAUUUGUACCCUGACCCUGAAGAGAACAGCUACAACCAGGCGUAUUGGGAACAGUAUGAGUAAUGUUUGAUUAGUCCUUAACUAAAACUUAAAUUAAACAAAGUGUUUGUAGCAGCUUAGUGUGUACAGUUGUUGUUGUUUUUUGUUUUUUAUGUAAUCGUUGAGUAAACCUUAUGACACAAAGUUACUUAACACAUUAUGUUUGCUGCAUUUUAUAUCAAGCGCAUGAUGUCUUUAAUAAGGCCAAAAGUGGUUAAAAAAAAGGUUUGGUUUUAAUGGGGUUUCAAAUACUUAUGCUUUUAUGGAUAAUAUCCAUUCUGUAAACUUUAGUGAUGUUUUAGUGUUUGAUUGGCAGUGCUUCUAUAAAAAAUAUACAGUGACAAUCCUUCUAUUAAAAUACGUUUUUAUCAUUAUUGUUUAGCGUUUAUGGUUUAACAGUUUGCGUCUGUGUAACUAUUCAUACUCUAGUGAGGUUUUACAGUAAACUAUAAAGACAAAGCUUGUCGUGCAAUAGAAGCAAAACGAGAGGUGAAGUCCCAGAACCAACAAACUUUCAUGGCAAUAUGUAUUUAUUUUUACAUUUUGCCAAAUUGGUAGCUAAUUCAUAUGAAUUUUUUUGAUUCCUUUCGUACAUUUUCAUAUGAUUUGCUUAAGUCCCAUAAUGGUAGUUUAUGGUGGGGUUAGGGGUGUACCUUCGUGAUUUAUUUUAUUUGUAUUAAUUUUUUUAAUGUACAUUUCCGUAUGAAUCACAUUGUACAAUUUAAAUCAUUCAUUCAUACUCUUUUGUGGUUUCCAAUUGGUUGUAGGACAAUGACUAGUCAAGCAUGGAUUUAAAGGAUUACUUCACUUCCAGAAUAAAAAGCACUUCCGGAUAAUUUACUAACAUCCAUGUCAUCCAAGAAAACUAAUUUUAGGAAAACAUUCCAGGAUUUUUUGACAUAUAUUAGACUUCAAUAAAAGCCAGUGGGUUAAAUAUAUAUACUUUUUAACAACAAAUUCUCAUCUUGCACUAGCUCAGUUUCAAAUAUUACGUAGUCAUGUUGGAAAAUUUAUUUACAACUGAAGAAAGAAAGAGAGAAAGAAAGAAAGAAAGAAAGAAAGAAAGAAAGAAAGAAAGAAAGAAAGAAAGAAAGAAAGAAAGAAAGAAAGAAAGAAAGAAAGGCAUAUCUUGGAUGACAUGGGGGUGAGUAAAUUUCCAUUCUGGAAGUGAACUAAUCCUUUAACCAAAACAAGAGAUGAAGUGAAUAAUUUCAGACCCAGAACCAUGCUCUGAUGGACAUCCCUAUCUAUUGUUGAAAAUGGUGUCUAAUUCACAAAUUUGUAUAAUCUCCUUUGUAUAUUUUCAUACGAUCUCAUGUCCUUUUGAUGGUUAGGUUUAUGGGUGUAGUUAUGAGUGGAACUUUAUACAUACUUUUCUGGUAAUUUCAGUAAAUUGCAUUUAAAAAAUAUAUUAAUUCAUACUCCAUUGUGGUUUCCAGUUGGUUGUAAGGACUAAGCAAAACAAGAGGUGAACAAUCUCUGACCCUGAAGCAUCACACUCUCAUGACGAUCAAUUUGUCAUUUUGGUGAAUUGGUGGCUGUAAUUCAUAUGAAUUUUUAUGAUUUCUGUUGUCCCAUAUUCAUACAAUUUUCAAAAAAAAGUCCCAUUAAUGGUCCUUCUUGCUUACUUUUUUUUUUAUGAAAUGUUUCUGAAUUAAUCAAAUUGUACUAAUUCAUACAAAAUCUCCACCUAAUGUGAUCGGGUUGGCCAGAAAUGCAAAACUAAUGUGAAAAAUAUUCAACCUGUCUGCCAUUAGUCAUCAAACAGAUCCCGCCUCAAGACGCAUUCCAUUGGUAGAACUAAUGUUGUUAAACUAAGCAUGAUUGGCUGAAAGGGACUUUUAAAUACUAAUUCUAAAACUGUGCCACUUAGUAAAGCAUUGUUUUGUGUAAAUGUUGUU